AGAAGCUGAUGAAGUGGACUGUGGAGGACCAGAACCAGCCAAGACCUCAGAACCAGAUACACAUUUACAACGAAACACUGAGGACAAGGUUGAGGGAUUUCUUAAACUAAAGACUGAAGAAAGUGUUGAUUUGAAGGAGCCCAGAGAGCCUCAGUCAGGUUUUAGCUCUCUGAAAAAUGAUCAAGUCCCUGUUUGUGAUUCAAGAUGUUCUGCUGGAGAGAAACCAUUCAGGUGCUCUGAGUGUGGGAGAGGAUUUAGCACCAAGGGAAGUCUCAAGGAACACAUGAGAACUCACACAGGAGAGAAACCUUUCAGCUGUUCAGUUUGUAAGAAAUCUUUUACACAGGGUGGAAGUUUACAGAAACACAUGAGAAUUCACACAGGAGAGAAGCCUUUCAAUUGCUCAGUUUGUGAUAAAAAAUUCCUGAACAAGGCACAUCUGAAGACACACAUGAUAACUCAUACAGGAGAGAAACCUUUCAGCUGUUCACUGUGUGGUAAAGCUUUUAUUGAAAAUGGAAAUCUGAAGAAACACAUGAGAACUCAUACAGGAGAGAAACCAUUCAGCUGUUCAUUCUGUAAUAAAUCUUUUACACAGAAUGGAAGCUUACAGACACACAUGAGAAUUCACACAGGAGAGAAACCUUUUAGCUGCUCAGUUUGUGAUCAAAGAUUUUUGAGCAAGGCACAUCUGAAGACACAUAUGAUAAGUCAUACAGGAGAAAGACCUUUCAGCUGUUCAGUGUGUGGUAAAGGUUUCAAUGACAAUGGAAAUCUGAAGAAACACAUGAGAACUCACUCAGGAGAAAAACCUUUCAGCUGCUCAGUUUGUGAUCAAAGAUUUUUGCAAAAAACAGAUCUAAAGAGACAUAUGAUAACUCACACAGGAGAGAAAUUCUUCAGUUGCUCAGUUUGUAAUCAAAGCUUUUUGCAAAAACCAAAUCUGAAGAGACACAUGAUAACGCAUACAGGAGAGAAACCUUUCAUGUGCACAUUUUGUGGUAAAAGAUUUAUACAGAAGGUUCAUCUGACACACCACAUGGUGCGUCACACAGGUGAAAAGAGAUUUAGGUGCAUGGUUUGUGACCAAAGAUUCACUUGGCUUUAUCAGCUCAGAAACCAUCAGUGUGUCGGUCAUCAGUCCUCACAGCCUCAUCAAAAACAAACUGAAGAGAACAGAGAGGUGGAGCCUCCAGCCAGGAACCAGCAUCCAGAGACACAUUUACCACCAGUUACUGAUGACAAGACUGGAGACUCUUCAACUAAACUGAACUGAUGAGAAAAACAACAACAAAUGCAUCUUAUAUCAGUAACAGUAUAGAUAUAGUGGAAACCCCAGUGGCUUCAAAUGUUAAGUACUUCAGUGGUUGCAUGAGUAUGUUAGAAAUGUAAAACAGCAUUAUCCAAUCGAAAGUGUUCUUAUAAAGCAAACAUCUUGUGGUGGAUUCCACAAGGGUUAAUCCUUGGCCCCCUUCUUUUUAUUCAUUAUAUAAAUGACCUAGCCUCUAUCUUGCCAAUAUCUUGCACACCCC